CCGCGGAGCAGAGGCGUUAGGCGGGGCGGCGGCGGCCUUGGGUCGCGGCAGCGGCUGACCAUGGAGCCCCAGAAAAUCACACCAUUCUCAAAACCUCACCCACCUGUUGUGGGCAAAGUGACUCAUCACAGCAUCGAAUUGUACUGGGACCUGGAGAAGAAAGCAAAACGCCAUGGGCCUCAGGAUCAGUGGUUCAGGUUCUCCAUCGAAGAGGAAGACCCCAAAGUGCACACUUACGGUCUCAUUUAUACGGGAUACGCCACAAAGCACGUCGUGGAAGGCUUGGAGCCACGGACACUGUACAGGUUCCGACUGAAGGUCACCAGCCCCUCUGGAGAGUAUGAAUACAGCCCCGUGGUCUCAGUAUCUACGACCAGAGAACCCAUCAGUAGCGAGCAUUUUCAUCGUGCGGUCAAUGUGAACGAUGAAGAUUUGCUGGUUCGAAUACUUCAAGGAGGCAAUGUGAAGGUUGACGUCCCCAACAAGUUUGGUUUUACUGCUCUGAUGGUCGCUGCCCAGAAAGGAUACAGCAGGCUUGUGAAAAUCCUCAUCUCUAAUGGCACGGAUGUGAAUCUGAAGAACGGAAGUGGCAAGGACAGUUUGAUGCUCGCAUGCUAUGCGGGGCACCUAGACGUGGUAAAGUAUCUCCGAAGACACGGUGCCUCCUGGGAGACGAGAGACCUGGGAGGCUGCACGGCUCUGCACUGGGCUGCGGACGGAGGCCACUGCGACGUGAUCAAGUGGAUGAUAAAGGACGGCUGUGAGGUGGACGCGGUGGACACCGGCUCAAGCUGGACCCCACUCAUGAGAGUCUCCGCGGUCUCAGGAAACCAGAAGGCAGCCUCCCUGCUCAUCGAAGCUGGAGCCAACGUGAAUGUGAAAGAUAAAGAUGGAAAGACACCGCUCAUGGUGGCCGUGUUAAAUAAUCACGAAGAGUUGGUCCAGUUACUUCUUGAGAAAGGGGCAGAUGCAAGUGUAAAAAACGAGUUCGGCAAGGGCGUCCUCGAAAUGGCCAGAGUUUUUGACAGACAGAACGUAGUCUCCUUACUGGAAGAGAAGAAGAGAGAGAGCAGAUGCCUGAGAAGUCGCCGUUGCUCUCUGUCUGCUGACCCGGGCACAGCUUCUCUCCGGAGGCCAAGGGACACGGAGCAGAACGUGACCGUGGAGCUGGAGAGAUGAAACGCUGCCUCUCUGAGGGCUGUGCAUUUAUUUAUUUAGUUGAAGAUUCAUGGUGACUUUUUGUAACACACAACCGUUCCCCUCUUUGAAAUAGAUCUUUUUACCUAA